GAUACGAGCUAACCAUGGGAGCCACUUGUUCCAAAUGUUGUUUGUGUUACUGCUUUAAAUUAGUUGAGUUUGGAGACAGCUUUCGCUGCCGCCAUUCCUGUUGCAUCCAAUACUGUGAACCUUGCUGUCACUGCGGCGACUGUUGCGAUGCAGAAGAUGAUUUACCGUUCGUGAAAGAAACUGAACUAGUUUCAAGCGAAGAGGAAGCUGUUGUUUAUCUAAAUGGGGAUAAGUACAAAGGCGCCAUGCAAAACAACAAGAAGCAUGGAUACGGUGAGCUUACACGCAAAGAUGGAACGAGUUUAAAAGGCUAUUUUGUUGAUGAUCAUUUUAUUGGCGAGACACCUGCAGACAAUUUGGCUGUGGCUAGUGCUACAGAUCAUGAAUCAAAUAGUGCUUUAAAGCAAGCCGGAUCAAAUGUCUCUCAUCGUGAACUUCAACCUCUAGCAUCUACUGAUGGCCCAGAGGAACGUCUUCGGGACACAUGAUUUGACACGGGCCAAUUAAUUACGAGGCUGAUGAGUCAUACUUUUCGUUCGUCUCGUUUCCAGGGUUGGAAGCAAGGCUGGUCCACGUAGUAGUUUGCAUCUCGACAAUUUAUUGUUUGUUAUACAACAAUGCAAUUGACCAACGAGAAACUUAAUUGAAACUGCGGCAAUGGGUUCAAGGCGAAACUGAUGCGUAGCAAAAAUGAAGAAAGAGACCAAUAGGGCUUGGUCAUCGUCAGUCUUAGGAAAGUAAAACUGAAAGUAAUGAUACCA